GGCACUUUACAGAAGUUCGUGGACGACCUCUUCGAGACGAUCUUCAGCACCGCACAUCGGGGCAGUGCGCUGCCCCUGGCCAUCAAGUACAUGUUUGACUUCCUGGAUGAGCAAGCCGAUAAGCACAACAUCCACGAUCCUCACGUGCGGCACACCUGGAAGAGCAAUUGCUUGCCCUUGAGGUUUUGGGUGAACAUGAUCAAAAAUCCGCAGUUUGUCUUCGACAUUCACAAGAACAGCAUCACAGAUGCCUGCUUAUCGGUGGUCGCACAAACCUUCAUGGAUUCCUGUUCAACCUCAGAGCAUCGUUUGGGCAAAGAUUCCCCGUCUAAUAAACUGCUUUAUGCCAAGGAUAUCCCCAGCUACAAGAACUGGGUAGAAAGGUACUACUCAGAUAUAGGCAAGAUGCCAGCGAUUAGCGACCAGGAUAUGAAUGCGUAUCUAGCUGAGCAAUCGCGUAUGCACAUGAACGAGUUCAACACCAUGAGCGCACUCUCCGAGAUCUACUCGUACGUGGGCAAGUACAGCGAAGAGAUCCUGGGAGCCCUCGAUCAGGACGACCAAGCCGGCAAGCAGAAACUCACCUACAAACUUGAACAAGUUAUAACCCUCAUGAGCAUAGACAGCUGA